CGUGUGUGCCGAUGUUGCCGUUUGUUGUUUGCACGUUCUGCAAGCUGUACUGUAAACGAUUCGAACAAUGUGAUCGGAGGGCCUUCGUUUUUUAGGCUUCCUUUGGAAAUGCUUUGACUUAUCCGAGGAGAUUGGUUGGAAAUGUGGGGGGAUGAAGACAUUUCUACGUUUGUGAUUGGGAAACACUUGUACACACAUAGCUCCCGUUCCUUCGUAUUGUGAGCUCCAGUACCUCGGCGACUACACGCCGGGAUGGUCGAGCUCAUCUAAGGAAGAGUCUGGGGUUUUUGGGUCGAACAAGCAACUAUUUCUAAACAGUUUUCUCUUUCACUUCCCUGGAAAUGGUGUUGUUCUUCAUCUACUCCGUAACACGGAACAAACCUGGAUAACGAAAGGAGUACAUACGUGACAACAUCGCUGCGUGACGACUACUUUGCUCUCGAGAUACAACUGCUGCUGGACCCAUUCCGCUCUGGGGGCUCGUGUUUGUUUUAAUGCAUCUCGGGCUUCCCGAGUCCAUGCGAGACUGCGAGUACAGCCAGAUAAACACUCGCACCUCCACCCCGAUGGAGAUCCCUUACAAGAAGAAGACCCCAAAGAAGAGGAAAUGGGAGUCCUUUCCCGGGCGGAAUAAAUUUUAUUGCAAUGGGAGGAUUAUGAUGGCCAGGCAGACGGGCGUUUUUUACCUCACCCUGGUCCUCAUCCUGGUCACAUGUGGACUCUUCUUCACGUUUGACUGUCCGUUCCUGGCUCUCCAGCUGAGCCCAGCCAUCCCGGUGGUGGGCGGCGCUCUGUUUCUGUUUGUGCUGGGGACCCUGCUGAGGACCAGCUUCAGCGACCCGGGGGUGCUGCCCAGGGCCACGGCCGACGAGACCGCUGACCUGGAGCGACAGAUAGACGGGGCGAACGGCAGCACCAGCUACCGACCGCCCCCCAGGACCAGAGAGGUGGUCAUCAACGGGCAGACGGUGAAGCUCAAGUACUGCUUCACCUGCAAGAUCUUCCGGCCGCCGCGGACCUCUCACUGCAGCCUCUGUGACAACUGUGUGGAGCGCUUUGACCAUCACUGUCCUUGGGUGGGGAACUGCGUGGGAAGAAGGAACUACCGUUUCUUCUACAUGUUCAUCCUCUCCCUCUCCUUCCUCACCAUCUUCAUAUUCUCCUUCGUCAUCACACACGUCAUCAUACGGUCUCAUCGGACCGGGUUCCUCAACGCACUCAAAGACAGUCCUGCCAGUGUGCUGGAGGUGGUGGUGUGUUUCUUCUCCGUCUGGUCCAUAGUGGGCCUCUCAGGCUUUCACACCUAUCUGAUCAGCUCCAACCAGACCACAAACGAAGACAUAAAAGGCUCGUGGUCGUCUAAAAGAGGAAAGGACAACUAUAACCCUUACAGCCAUGGCAAUAUAUUCACCAACUGCUGCGUAGCGCUCUGUGGACCCCUGCCACCCAGUCUCAUUGAUAGGCGAGGCUUCUUCCAAUCAGACACACCACAGCUGGCGCCGCCAACCAAUGGCAUUGCAAUGUACGGAGCCACCCAAUCCCAGCAGAGCCAUAUGUGUGACCAAGACCAGUGCAUUCAGAGCACCAAAUUCGUUUUGCAGGCGGCAGCCAGCCCCCUCCUCCAGCAGAGCGUGGAGCCCAUCAUCCCGGCCUCCUGCCCCGACGACGGCGGCUCCCUGCCCGGCCGCACCUCCCUCACCCCGGGGGAGCCCUUCAGCUCGCUGCCCCUGGUCGGGCAGCCCACGCCGCCCACCUCCAACCCCAACCUCAGCUGCCACGAGCCCGCCGACAUGCUGCCCGUCCACGGCCACGGACACCCCCACGGCCACGGACACCCGCUCCAGCAGCAGGACCCGGGGCUCCACCACCACCACCACCACCACCACCACUUCCUCACCCCGGAGGAGGUGCCCUCGCCCCCGGGGAUCCUGCCCUGCGGCAGCCCCAUGGGCCAUGCCCACGGCAUGCCGGCAAGCUUCUACAACCCCGCCAGUCAGGACUCCCUCCACGAGGACUCUGUCCGGGGACUGGUUAAACUCAGCUCUGUGUGAGGACAGCGCGAUCUCCUCCCAUCCGCACCCAUCCAAACAUCCGUCCGUGUCCCCCAUAAGCGCUGCUGCUCUUUCACUUCCUUCCUGCCCCCCCCCCCUCCUCCCCCGACAGACUCUGUGUCAGAUUCGGCGCUGCCUUUUCCCCCCAGCCCGACCUCUCGGGGCUUAAGGGGAACCUGAACUCUCAAAAGAAGGGUUUUAAUUCAGCUGCCGGGAACCAAACUGAAUUAAAAUGAAACCAAGCCAAAACUGUUCUGAGCGGUGAGCGCCCCCACCAAAAGUCCCCCAGCCAGGGGGAGCUUUUCCUGUCCUGGACUAAUUGCCAUUUUUUGACGAUGCCAACAGACAGGACACUCUGUUGUCCGUUAUGUACAAGCCCCCCACCCCCGCCCGGCGCAGCCCGCAGGUGACCAGGGGUGGGACAUGGGCGCGCCGUGCGCCUCAUCAAGGAAAAGAACGAGGAAGUGUCUCUUUGGACAGCACAUUGUUUGUUUGGGGUUGCAUCAAGCUGCUUUUUUCUUCUCAUGAAUCACGGGUCUGGCCUUUUUUUUGUCAAACAAAAGUUAAGCCUAUUUGUCCUUUGCUGGUUGGACAACGUCUUAUGCCUUUCUCACUCUUGACAUUCUUGUUGGCAGUCAACAGUGCAAUCAGAGACAAUGAUUGAGGUCACCAUGUUAUGCAUAUCACUCUGCUUUUUUCCCCCAAGGUUUUUAUUUUAAUUUUAUAUAUAAAUAAAUGUAUAUAAAAACAACAGAUAAAGACAGUAUUGUGCCUCACCAUUGUUAUUUUCUUGUGUUCUUCAAAGUUCUAUUUGUUGUGGGUCAUAAUAAAAAAACAACUUUAUAUGAGACCAGAGCAUGUCCUCAUUGGGGUCACCCAGCAGUGGUGAGAUGCUGUGAGAGUCAUGUGACACAAUCUGACAAAGCACUGCUUUAAAGUCAGGCCUGUGACCCAGGCCAGCGUUCAUUGGACACUAACAUAAUAUAUACAUGUGUUCAGUUCACGGUUGUCUUGACAGUCUUUGACAUUCUGCUACCAUCUUGUGGACAAAUACGAAAGAUGCACCUUUUCAAUAAUGGAUCCAUCUAUCAUAACAGGAUUUAGUUUAUAUCUGCCCCAAAGAUCAAUACAUUAAAUUUUUUGCAAUCACAUAAAAAAAACCUAUGGGAUAUAGAAAUCCAAUUAACCUUUUAUAUAUUUUUGUACUUAUGAUGUAUUGUUGUACUGCUUAAUAUUCCAUUUGAUUUGUCUGUAAAGACAUCAAGACUGUCGGACACAUUUAUAAUAUGAUGGUGAUACAUUUAUUUGAAAUAAAACAAUUUCAUAGUGCAUACAUUAGUUAAAUAAUACCUCCAAUUAGACAACAUAAUAGGUAACGCUGCGCAGUAUAAAAGUGGGCAGAGACCGGAGCACAUUGAUUCAUCAGAAGGAUAAAAAAAACAAUAAGUAGCAGGCUAACUUUAAAAACUAAAGAGCGCAUAAUAAGUUGCACAAUCUUGUUUGUAUUUAACUGAGUUGGAAUAUUUCAAGCAGUCCUGCACUGUGCUUCAGGCCAUCACCAUCAUAUGGGAAUAACCUGUUUCAUGUUGAACAUUGGAGUGUUUUUUGUUUCUUUA